UUGCCGAAAUGUCAGCACGAGCGCACUCGAUACAGUAUCGAUUUGAUUCCCAGCACUCCGCUACAGCCUAACUGUACAUUUGCAUGCGUGCACGUAUACCCUACCAGUAUUUUUAGAGCCGUUGCGGCUUAUUAUGCCUAUUUGUUAAACGUUCAGGGGGGAGUCCAAUUUAGGCUGGCGUUAGAGGAAUUUCGGCUACGACCCGGUUCCGGAAUGCAGCACACGCGCAAGCGUACUAGCGUGGGGGGAAGGGGGGAUUGCACCGAGUUGCGCAAAGUGCCGGCAACGACCACUCGCCAGAGCGUCAUAGAAUAA